GAAGAGAAGUAUGUAACGUGGAGGAGUCUGUCUGUGCAACAAUAAUAAAGAAAACCAAACCAAACCAAAGACGCGACGAUUUUUCCAAUGACUCUCCCUCGCCGACGCAAUCCUUUGAAUUGAAAUUAUGUUAUUACUUUCAAUGUCACCUUCUUCCUCGCUCACCUCCCUUGUAUUCGCCAGGAAACUGCUACGAACUCAAAAUUGGAACUUACCAACAACAGGAGGGAGAUUCAUAUCAUUCAAGGGUUGUGUAAGGUUUGUUCAAACAUCGUGUCGAAUAUCCGCACCUGGAACCUUCCCAAUUGUAGAUGAUGAAAAAGACCAGUCUAAUAAUGUCUUAAGGGAUAGGAAGGUAGUUCCUGAUGCAGAUCCUCCUAGUACCAAAGAUGUUGAACUUUUGUAUCAAUUUUUUCAAAAAAGUAACAAGCUCAUGGUAUUGACUGGAGCUGGAAUCAGUACAGAGUGCGGUAUCCCUGACUAUAGAAGGUUCUACCUCUUACUUUCUGGUGUCAUAUUAACCUGAAUGUUUAUCUGGCAACACUAGUAGACCACUUGUAGUAAUGUUCAUAAUUGCUACUUGCAAUACCUUUUCUAUGAUGUUGAAAAUAUUAGAGACAAUGUCGGGGUAGUGCUGGUGCCUAUAAUAGAGAAGAUGGUAGAAAAUAGACUUAGGUGGUUUGGGCAUGUAGAGAGAAGACUUGUAGACUCUAUGGUAAGCUGGGUAGACCUGAUGGAGAGAAGGCAAACAAUUAGAGGAAGAUGAAGAUCUAGAAAGACUAUAAGAGAAGUUAUUAAGAAAGAUUUCAAGAUUAAUGAUUUGGUAGAAGCAUGGUACUUGAUAGAGCAUUAUAGCAAAAGUUGAUUCAUGUAGCCGACCCCAUUUAGUGCGAUAAGGCUCAGUUAUUAUUAUAUUAUAUUUGCAGACCUUGUAAAAUUUUCACCAUUAACAUAUCUGUAACACCCUAUAAAUUUUGU